AUGAUUACAGUUGGCUAUGGUGAUAUCAGGCCUACUAAUGUAAUUGAAGUAUCUGUUUGCAUUUUCCUAAUGAUGACUUGUUGUGUGAUAUUUGGAUUCACAAUUAAUUCUAUUGGCUAAAUAUUUUAAGAUUUCUAUUCAAAGGAAAAUUUAAUAAGAUAAAAGAGAUUUAUAAUCGGUAACUAUAUGAUGAGAAAAGGAGUGACUAAAUCGACUAUGAAAGAAAUAUAUUAAUAUCUAGAUUAUUACUGGAAGGAGAAAAGUGACGAAAAUUAACAAGAAGAAUAAGAGAUUAUUUGCUAACUUUCUAACCGUUUAAGAGAAAAUCUCUUAACAGAAUCUUACCAUGAUAUAUUCAAGCAGAAUUCGAUUUUCAAGGACAAUUUUAGCUACUAGACAAUGCAAAAAUGUCUUCCUUUGAUUUAAGAAUAAAGGUGUACACCCGAAGAAAUUGUUUAUAAUUCAGAUGUAAGUAGCUAAGAUGUAUGGAUUUAUUUUGUAUAAUCUGGAGAAUUAGAGGUUUAUAUUUAACCGCCUAACAGUAAAUGCUAACCAUAAGACAACUCAUCUACUUCUACAGUUUCAAUUCUUAGAAAAGGAGAUCAUUUUGGUGAAUUUUCUUUUUUCAGUGGUCAAUAACCAAAGAUGAAUUUAAAGAGCUUAAGUUUCUCGAAAUUGAUUAAAAUUAAGAGAUCUGAUUUUUUAAGAAUAUUGAUUGAAGAUCAGGAAGAAUAUGAAACAUUUUGCAUGAUAAAAGAUAUGAUAUUACUUUAAAAAGAUGGUACUAGGUUAAAAGUAAAAUGUAUUUCAUGUAAAGAUUACACACAUGAAGUUGGAGACUGUCCUUAUUUACAUCUAUAACCUAAUAAAUAUAAAGCUAUUGGAUAGAUGUCUUUGAGUUAACCUCAUGUGUAAAGAGAAAAACCAAAAUUAGAGAGACAUUUAAAAACUAAACAAAAUACUUUAAAACUAAUAGAAAUUAAUGCUAAUUAACUACUUGAAUUUUUAAAUGAUAAGUAUGAAAAUCUGAUUAACUAUGAAGAUAAUUAUCUACGUCUAAAUUAUGUAAGUCAUCAAAACUCCUAAUUUAGUUCUUCUCUGCAAAAGGAAGCAACAUAUUCUUAUCAUAAUAUGGAUAAUUUAACAAAUUAGAGCAACCCUUUUUAUAAUAAUUAAUAGUUGAAUUAAAACUCAAAUUUAAAUAUAACAUAUCCUAAUCGAUUAAGUGUUUCAAGUGGGCCAUAAUUAUAUUAUUAAAAUUCUUCUUUCUUAAAUUAGAUGAAUAGUGAUCAAAUGAUAAAACCAUAAGAGGGCCUUAAUAGCUAAAGGUUUAAUACCUUCUAAACUACUGAAACGGACGAAUAAUAUGAUAAUACACGUAGUAAUGAAGAUAUUUAAGAAAUUGAUAAGAUAAAACAAAUAUCUGGAAACAUUAAGAGACCUUCGUAUUUUGGUACUUUUUAGCAAAUGUAAAGUAAUUUCAGUCGAACUUGCAGUAUCUAAAGUUAGCUUCCAUAAGAAAACAAUUAAUAAAUCUAGCUAGUAAGUAAAUAAGUAGCUCCAAAAAAAAAUAGUAUUCUAGCUAAUUUGAAUAAUGGACCUCGAAAAAACUCCUAAUAAUUGUAUACAAAGUAAUUAGUUCCUACUAAUAAUAACUAAUUCCAGAAAAAGAUGACCAAAUUUGUGACUGGAAUACCUAGCUAAGUUUAUGAUGAUUUUAUAAAAAAAUAGGUAGAAUUGAAAAUAAAUAAAAUAGAUUAUUUAUCAGAAUAAUUUGACUUGUUUGAAGGAGAUUUUGAAAAAAUGAAAAUUACGAUAAAUUAUUUUUCAAAUUUCAACUAUUCUAAAAUAAUACUUAAACUUAAAAAAAUGCAAAAUAUUCGAAAAAAGACUGUGUGUAAGCCUUUAGAAUAAGCUAAUACUAGAAAUAUACUCAGUAAAAGCUAAAAAUAUCAAGGAAGUAGUAACUCUUAAAAUAUAUUUGAAAGCAAUAAAUAAAACUUUAAAUAAGAAUCCAAAUUCAAUCAAAAUAAUUCUAAUACAAGAACAAUAUUUGCUGCAAACAAUCAUAAAAUUGUUUCAUAAUCAAUUUUUUAUCCUUAGUCUAAUAACGAAAAGUAACUUUUAUCUUAGAAUCAGUCUCUGUCAGAAUCUAAAUAACUAGAUUUAUCAUAAAAUGUAGACAAAUUUAUCACACAAGAAAGCAAUGAUUACUCUUUUAGCAAGAUAAAUCCAAACACUCCUUAUCAUAGUAGCUAAGAUUUUAAUAACUUUAAAAUUAUACAGUCCACUUAAAAUAGAAAAUGCUAUGACUUUUAGUGA